GUCAGUUUUCUCGUCAACUUGGAGGCGAGUGUUGAUGACGCAUCGUGACGCGCUGGACAACAAAGCACGCAUGCGCACUGGGGAUCUGGUAACCGCAGAAGAAAAUAAAUUCUAAGGAGACCGCUUAUUGAAAGAGAAGUUAAGUGGAAAAAUGGAGCUCACCGGAAGCAGUUAUGAAGGCCCUACUCUAAACAGCAGGAUGGAAGGAGAAGGGGAGUACACCUUCCCAUCAGAGACCAAGUACAUAGGGGAGAUGAAAGAUGGGAUGUUUCAUGGAGGAGGGGUGCUCCACUUUCCAAAUGGAAGUAAAUACGAGGCCACCUGGGAGAACGGCAUUGCCACGCAGGGAUCAUUCACCUUUGCCGAUGGGCUGCUGUACCAAGAGAAGAACUGGGAUUAUUGCGACGGCAACGACAGACGCUUCUACACCGAAAGAUGCAACGGCCUUCGCCCGGCAGGUGAAUCCCAGCUGACAGACCUGCAUCCUCCACGUGUCAUUCCUGACGGCUGCUAUGACUGUGGAGAUGGUUUCUAUGACCCCGAGACGAGAAUAAUCACUUCCUACGAUGGGACUUUCCUUAGAAAUGCUGAUGACUCGGAACACGAGUGGAUCGUGCGUACCUGUCGAGUGGCAGAGGAGCCGAUUCCCGAGUCCUUCCUGGAAGAAGUGGCCUGUGUUUCUCAUAUGGAUUAAAAAAAAUGAAAAUGAUUAACUUGUUGGGUCAUAAUAUGUCAUGAAUGAAGCUUGCUUACCUUUUUGACGCCUAAGUCAGUAAGUACAAUAAAUGAAAAACUGAAGUUGAUGUGUUGUCUGCAUUUGCGACACCGCAAGCUAGCAAGCUAACUUUAGCAUGUUUGCUUGUGAUUGUAAUGCAUGGCAUUUUAGGGCUUGAAGGGUUAUUGUGGCGUGUGGGAUGCGUGGUGCUAAAUAAAUCAAUGAAUAAAUACAAACGCAAAUGUAAUUUCAAGUUUGUGUCUAUUUCUGUUUGCCAGCCACACGUAGUGACGCAAGUGAUAGGGAAUGACCACAAAUGUCAUCACAUUGUUUUAUUGCAUUUUGUUUACACAAAACAUGGAUGAUGCACAGUCUAUCAAAUAAACGUUUGUGUUUUCAUGUCA